AUGAUUCCCCGUUCACGCCUUUCGGGACGCCUCGUUCUCGAGCGCUCUCUCGUUCACGCAUCACGAGCAUCUUCCGAAGCCACCGCGGCUCGCUGGACUUCUUCCCCCGCCUACCGCAACCAUCACAUCUGCGGACGCCGGCUUCCCGUUAUUCAGCCCCGGCUCGCCGCCGCUGCUUUUUCCACGUCCGCCCGAGUCGCCAAGGAGAGGGAUAACAAUGAUAAGGGUUUCUUCGAGUCUGCGAUAGAGCCAUUGACAGAGCCCUUGUCCGAAGAGGAGGCCAAGGCCAACGUCGAGAACAAGCGCAAGGAAGGUGAUGGAACAAUAUUGGCCGAGUCGAAGAACCCAGGCCCUGACUCACCUGGGUCCGGAAAGAACGAUAACGGUAGUCAGUCGCAAGAUGGAAAGGCAGGAAGCGCCGCAGGAGGUUCUGGCUCAGGAUCUGGUGGCGACAACUCUGGUGGUGAUGGAGGUCGUCGUGGCCGGAAACCUUCUUCCGAGAAGGCCCUCCAGAAGCCUGUCGUCCCUGAGGUCUACCCCCAAGUUCUAGCCAUUCCUAUUGCCCGAAGGCCGCUUUUCCCUGGUUUCUACAAGGCGAUUACUAUUAAGGACCCCGAGGUGGCCAAUGCAAUCACCGAGUCGAUCAAGCGUGGCCAGCCGUAUGUCGGUGCCUUCUUGUUCAAGGACGAGAACGAGGAUGAGGAUGUGAUCCGGAACCCUGAUGACGUCUAUGACGUUGGUGUCUUCGCCCAAAUCACAAGUGCUUUCCCCAUUCACGGCCAAGAAGGUGCUCUAACUGCUAUCCUCUACCCUCAUCGCCGUAUCAGAUUAUCCAGUCUACUGCCUCCCGGCGGCCAAGAUGCUGCUAAGAAGGGUGACUCCAAAACCGAACCUGCACCCGAACCAAUUCCCCAGAAGCCCGUCGAGGAGGAGGUUACCCCUGAGAAGAAGGGUGAUGUCGUCGCCAGCUUUGAAGAGAGCGCUGUCGAAAAGAAGCCCGAUCAGGCUGCCGAGAAGUACGAGCCAACAUCAUUCCUUAAGAGAUAUCCCGUCAGUUUGGUCAAUGUUGAGAAUCUCGUUGAUGAGCCCUACGACCCUAAGAGCCCUGUAAUCCGCGCCGUCACCAACGAGAUCGUCAACGUUUUCAAGGAGGUUGCUACAAUGAACAACCUCUUCCGAGACCAAAUCUCCACCUUUUCCAUGAGCCAGUCCACCGGAAACGUCACAUCGGAGCCCGCCAAGCUUGCCGAUUUUGCUGCUGCUGUGUCGUCAGGCGAGCAGAAGGAGCUGCAAGAGGUGCUUGGAUGUCUCAACGUGGAGGAGAGGAUGCAGAAGGCUCUCGUGGUUCUCAAGAAGGAGCUCAUGAACGCCCAGCUCCAGUCUAAGAUUAGCAAGGAUGUGGAGAACAAGAUCAGCAAGAGACAACGAGAAUAUUGGCUCAUGGAGCAGAUGAAGGGUAUUCGUCGCGAACUCGGCCUCGAGUCUGAUGGCAAGGACAAGCUGGUCGAGAAGUUCAAGGAAAAGGCCAACAACCUCGCCAUGCCCGAGGCAGUUCGCAAGGUCUUUGACGAGGAACUCAACAAGCUUGCUCAUCUCGAAACAGCUGCAUCCGAGUUCAACGUUACCAGGAACUACUUGGACUGGCUAACCCAGAUCCCCUGGGGCAGGAGGAGCGCCGAGAAUUUCGGUAUCCCCAAUGCCGUUAAGAUCCUGGACGAGGAUCAUCACGGCCUUAAGGAUGUCAAGGACCGUAUCCUGGAGUUCAUCGCUGUUGGUAAACUCCGAGGUACUGUUGAAGGCAAAAUCCUUUGCUUCGUCGGACCUCCUGGUGUGGGUAAGACAAGUAUUGGAAAGUCGAUUGCCCGUGCUUUGAACCGCGAGUACUACAGAUUCAGUGUCGGUGGUCUCACGGAUGUUGCUGAGAUCAAGGGUCACCGAAGAACCUAUGUCGGUGCCCUCCCCGGCCGCAUGAUUCAGGCCCUGAAGAAGUGUCAAACUGAAAACCCCCUUAUUCUGAUUGAUGAGAUCGACAAGAUUGGUCGAGGUUACCAGGGCGAUCCUUCAUCAGCUUUGCUAGAGUUGCUCGACCCCGAGCAGAACAGCUCUUUCUUGGACCACUACAUGGAUGUGCCUGUGGACCUUUCCAAGGUCUUGUUUGUGUGCACUGCCAACAUGACAGAUACCAUUCCUCGACCUCUACUAGAUCGAAUGGAGCUCAUCACACUCUCCGGUUACGUUGCCGACGAAAAGAUGGCCAUUGCUCAGCGAUAUCUUGCUCCCGCUGCCAAGGAGACAGCUGGACUCCAGAACGCUGAUGUCACUUUGAGCGAGGAAGCAGUUGAGGAGCUCAUUAAGUCAUACUGCCGCGAGUCUGGUGUGCGAAACCUCAAGAAGCAGAUUGAAAAGGUCUACCGAAAGUCUGCCCUCAAGAUCGUCCAGGAGCUUGGAGAAGAGGUUCUUCCCGAAGAGGAGGCCCUGACCGAGGAGGGUAAAUCUGCUCUUGAGGAGGCUGAGAAGAACAAGAAGUCUGAAGAGGCAACUGAGGGCAAGGAGUCCAGCUCUAACGAGACUGGCGCGACUACGGAGAAGCCCCGCAAGGCUCUCAAGGUCCCAGACUCUGUCCACGUCGUUAUCAACAAGGAGAACCUUACCGAUUACGUCGGCCCUCCUGUGUUCACUUCCGAUCGUCUCUAUGAAGUCAGCCCCCCUGGUGUCUCGAUGGGUCUUGCUUGGACACAACUCGGCGGUGCUGCAAUGUACAUUGAGUCUAUCCUCCAAGCUCCUCUCCGACCAUCUACACGACCCCACCUUGAAAUCACUGGUAACCUUAAAAACGUUAUGAAGGAAUCCACCACCAUCGCCUAUUCCUUUGCUAAGUCUUUUAUGGUGAAGCGAUUUCCUGACAACCACUUCUUUAACAAGGCAAAGAUGCAUCUGCACGUCCCUGACGGUGCUGUCUCGAAGGAUGGCCCUUCGGCUGGUAUCACCAUGACCACUUCGCUGCUCUCCCUUGCUCUUGACGCACCUGUCAAUCCUACAGUUGCCAUGACCGGCGAGAUUACGCUUACCGGAAAGGUGCUGCGCAUUGGUGGUCUCCGUGAAAAGACUGUUGCUGCUCGACGUGCUGGCUGCAAGACUAUCAUCUUCCCUAAGGACAACAUGUCUGAUUGGCUAGAGCUACCUGAGAACAUCAAGGAGGGUCUUGAAGGUCACGCUGUAGCCUGGUACCCUGAGGUCUUUGACCUCGUCUUUCCCAAUAUCGACAAAAAGCAGGCCAACAAGUGCAAAAUAUGCGAGUGGAAGGCUCAGCAGAAGAAGAACGACCCCGAAUCAGCUGAAGAGGAGGACUAA